GCUGUAAUUGUCAAUAUAUGCAAGCAAACCUGGUAUUUGAUAAGUACUUAAAACAUCCAGCCAUCAGUUGCACGAUUUCCGUGGCGCAUACAAGGGAUAUUGAUAAAAAAAUUGUAUUUUAGCCUGCCUUACAUCGUUUGAGGAACAGGAAAAUGGCCAAUAAGAUAUUUAACGAUCCUAUUCACGGUAAUAUAGAGUUAGAGCCCUUGUUAGUGAAGAUUGUUGAUACACCACAAUUUCAACGUCUACGAUUCAUUAAACAACUUGGUGGGGCCUAUUUCGUAUAUCCAGGCGCAUCACAUAACAGGUUCGAGCACUCGAUAGGUGUGUGCCACUUAGCGGGGCGUUUAGUGCGAUCUUUAAAAGAGCAAAUAUCAAAAGCGCCUGAUUCAACGAUCAAAAUUACGGAUAAAGACGAACUUUGUGUUAAAAUUGCAGCUUUGUGUCAUGAUCUUGGGCAUGGACCAUUUUCCCAUCUAUUUGAUGGAAAAAUCAUUCCCAAAAUAAGGGAAAAUGUAAACGGCAAAAUAUGGAAGCACGAACAAGGCUCAGUUGAUAUGUUUGAUCACAUGUUGGAAGAAAAUGGAGAAUUGGAGGAGGAAUUCAAUGAAGAAUUAUCAAAAGAAGAUAAAACAUUUAUCAAAGAGAUGAUUGUUGGACCACCAAAGUCUAUAAAAGAUAGGAAUAACAUGGAUGAGACCGAUAAAACGUGGCCGUAUGAAGGCAGACCGAAACAAAUGGCAUUUCUUUACGAGAUUGUUUCAAACAAACGCAAUGGUGUUGAUGUUGACAAGUGGGACUAUUUUGCACGCGACUGUCACAGUUUAGGUAUUGGUAAUAAUUUCAACCUUGAUCGAUGUAUUUCGUUCUCAAAAGUUAUAGAAGUUGAUGGUGAACAACAAAUCUGUUAUAGAGACAAAGAGGUACAUAACCUGUACGACAUGUUCCAUACCAGACUUCUACUACACCAGAGGGCAUACCAGCACAAAACAUGCAACAUAAUUGAAUACAUGCUUACCGAGGCUUUAGUGCUGGCAGACAAUUUUAUAGAGUUUCAAGGCAAAAAUGGAUCAGUUCGUAUGUCAGACACAAUACAUGAUAUGAAGGCGUACACUCUUCUUACCGAUGACGUCAUUCAUCGAAUUCUCGAAAGCAAUGACGACGGGCUACGAAAAUCCAAAGGAAUUCUUCAAAAGAUUCUUAAACGAGAUUUGUACAGCUUUGUAGGUGAAAAAAUAUUCCCGGGAGGGACAUUUGUCAGAAAGGUUGCUAGUAAAGAUGAGGUUGCCGGUAAAAAAGGAAUGCCGGCAAAGGAGCGUAUGAAGUUACAAAAAUUGAGUCUGUUAAAAAAGACUUUCAAGAGACAUUGGAAGACGACCAGGAGUUUUGCCAAAUUAUUGCCAGUCUUGAUAAAUUUGUUGUAAUUGAUGUUGUGGACUUUAGUUAUGGUAAAGAGGAUAAAGAUCCAAUAGCUUAUGUCAACUUUUACUCCAAGAAUGAUCCGAACAGUGCAAAACCUAUAGACAAAGACGACGUUUCCCUAUUGCUACCUACACGGUUUGCUGAGCAGGUCGUUCGUGUAUACUGCAAGAGAGAAAACCAGAAAGAUGAAGUUGAAAAGAUGUUCAAAGAAUGGGCCAGGAAAACUAGGAAAAGUGCAAAGAAAAGGAAACAUGAUAGCGCUAGAUGUUAAUUAAAUUUAUGCGCUAUUGCAUGUUAAACCAACCAAUGCUACUUUUUGUGUUUUUGUUUCUCUCGCAACAAAAUGUUUCACAAACACUUGUUGUUUAUCCAAAAACAACAAUAUAUAAUAUUCACAUCGUAUAUCACCACGAAAUUUAAACAAUCCUGUGUAACAAAUUUUUGCCAUUCUGAUUAUCAAUGCUUAUAUAAACAAAAUCAUUUCAAAACCUGUAGGACGUUUACAAGGCAAUUAAUUCAGCAUAAGCGAUUAAAUCAUUCAUACUAAGUAAAGUGAAAAUAUAUUUCAUACGAUCAUCUUUUUAUGAUUUCAUGUCAAGUAAAUGUUCUGAUUAUUUUUAUUAUAUUCUUCGUAAUAUUUUUUAAACAGCAAGCAAAUAAAAGACAAGUGUUUGAGCACGAGUGAAUGUAUUUUUAGCCAUUUCUGAUUUAAGUAUCUUGAACAUUGUUGUUAAAUAUUUUAUUUUAAAAUUAAUAAGAAAACGGAACUGUUGAAAUUCUGGACACCAGAUAAAAACACACAAAAAACACUGAAUAAAUAUUUUUAUAUUAUAUGUAAAUAUGAUUUAUUGACAUGAUUAAUUUUUCAUUAUAUAACCUUAUAAUAUUUGAAUUUGUGUAAUGCACACCUUUAUUGUAAUCCAGCAACAUUCGACAUAAUGUGUAUCAACGAGAACAAGGAAGAAAUUAUGAUCAAAAUAAGAUCAUCUGGUCAGAUGUACUGAAAUACUGUUAAAGAUGUUAAUACCUGGUCGGUUAUGCGAUAAUGGUCUGAAUGAUCUGAUGGCUAAAUUCGCAUAAUGGUGAAAUGUUAUCAAACAUUUACGUCUUUACCACUAAUGCUUGGGAUAAGACGUUAAGACAUCGCCGCUAUUCAUGAUUGUCGUUCAGUUUAACAAGCUAUAUAGAAGCUCCGCUGUUCUAAGUAACACAAAAUAAAGAUGAAAAUAUGUUGUUGUAUUGCUAUUUAUAUAAAUAAAUGUACUUAAUUGUGAUAACAAUGUGUGCAAGUUUUUCUUAUGAAGUUGUGUACUUGAAUGGAUCUGAGAAAGUCAAGCCAGUAAUCAACUAACCCAAAAUAAUAAUUUUAGCAUUUUUGCUCUGAAAAUAAACAUUUCCUUUUUUUGUCAAUGGGAUAUACCUUCUUUUAUUUUACUACGGAAUUUUUUCUCGUACCACGUGGUGGAACAAUAUAAUGAUGAAUAACGCGACCUAUGAUCCGGAACGUACGGAAUCCGGGGAUCGGAUCAACCAUAGAAGAAAUCGAAAAAACUGCUUUCGUUUGAUAUUUGUAGUAAUGUGUGGCACUAAAAAUUAUAAUAAGUUAUUAAUUGUAUAUAUUAAAACCAAUAAGUAUCGUGAUAUGUCUGUUAUAUAAAAGAGAGAUACAUUUUUAUUAAUUUAUAUGAUCAAAAUUUAUCUGCAAUCUCAUUGGUCCAAACUGUAGUCUACAGAACUAUUUAUAAAAUCAUAUUAACUGGUUGAAGAAUCAUAUUCACUGGCUGUUAAUUACUCUUGCACAUAAAAAUGUUGUUUUUGUUCUAUAUGUCACAUUUCUCGAUUAAAAUAUCAUAACUUUACCAUAAUGGAAGUUGCAUCGCAAUAAUGUGUAUAAACUUUUUGUUUGCGAAGCGUUCGCGUCAAAAGUUCUGUUUUGUAAUUCCUUACAAGGCUUUACAUUUUGUAUGUAUUUUUGAUCUUAGUCUAUUCAUAUGAUAAAACAAUUAUUGACUAGUGAAACAUUGAAUAUGAUGUGAUAUUCGAUGACUUACUUGUCAAUAAUUGUAUAAUAAGUAUCGUGAUAUUUGUAUUAUGCAAAGGAGAAAAAAACAUGUAUAAGUAUCCUGAUAUUUCUGUUUCCUGUGAUCACUAUACAAGUUAUAUUGAUAAAAAGUAUCUUAAAAGACAUUAAAAGAUCCUGUAACUAAACAUUUGUUAUAAUUCUAUAUCAUAAAUGUAAUGCUCAAAUGAAGAUUAAGCAUUAUUUGUACAGAUAUUACCGAAUAGAUUUCAUGUUAAUGAAGGGAGCUAAUUAGAAAUUUAUUUUCUAUAAAGUCUAUGUCAAAUUUAUCUAUAAGAAAUGAAUGCAUAUAUUUUAAUGAUAAUAUGUAAUGUAACAAAUAAUUGCAGUACAUAUUUUACAUAUUAUUCGAUGUUUGAAAAUUGUUUUAGAAGCAUAAUCAUAAAAAAUAUACACAAUUUCAAGUGUGGUAACAUCCUUAAUUACAACAUAAAGGAUCUGUAAGACUGGUAGUGUACUACAUUAAAUGAUCUGUAAUAUUUAUCAUUUUAUAUAAUUUUAUACAGCAUACAUAGAUUAGUCUAUAAAUAUAAAAAAUAAAUAUGUUCUCAGACAUAA